UCUCGCGAGAAACAACGAAGUUUCCGGUGUUGUGGAUGUUCCUGGAAACAUGGCGGCCAGCUUCCGCGGCCGUCCUAUCCGGAGUCUUCGGAUGCGAGGUCGGAAUGACAGCGGGGAAGAGAACGUACCGCUGGAUCUGACCAGAGAACCACCAGAAAACUUCAGGGAAAUCCUUCAAAAUGUGGCCAAACCUCAUGGCGUCAGUAAUAUGCGAAAACUUGGCCAUCUGAACAACUUUGUCAAGCUGCUAUGCAGUGUUAGGCAUCAUGAGGAAAUCUUUGGGUUUACAUACGAAGAAAUCAUUGUUUGUCUGCGACUAGCUUUACUGAAUGAGGCUAAGGAAGUGCGUGCUGCUGGGUUGCGGGCACUCCGCUACCUCAUUCGUGACACCAUUGUGCUGCAGAAAGUCCUCAAACUACAAGUGGAUUAUUUGAUAGCCAGGUGCAUCGACAUCCAGCAGAGCAACGAAGGGGAAAGGACUCAGGCGCUGAGACUAGUCCGAAAGAUCAUCACUGUCAAUGCAAUGCUUUUCCCCACCUCUGUUGCAAACUCGCUUAUCGCUGUGGGUACUGAUGGACUCCAAGAGAGGGACCGAAUGGUCCGUGCAGCCAUCGCGAUUGUCUGCGAGCUAGCCCUGAAAAACCCAGAGGUGGUCGCCAAACGAGGGGGCCUCAGCACUAUCUUGAAGAGUGUGAUUGACUGUCAGCUGAGCCGCAUCAAUGAAGCUCUGAUCACAACCAUCCUGCAUCUUCUCAACCACCCACGUACCCGCCAAUACGUGCGAAUCGAUGUAGAGUUAGAGCAAAUCCUCGCACCUUUCACAGAUUUUCACUACCGUCACAAUGCAGACAUGGCUGAAGGGCAACACAAAGAGGACAAAGAGGCACGUUUCUUAUCAAGUAGAAUGGCCAUAGUGGCAGCGUUCCGCUCUUGGUCUGGGAUUAUAAACCUAUGCAAGUCUGGAAAUUCUGGAAUCCAGUCUUUAAUUGGUUUACUUUGCAUACCAAAUGUGGAAGUUAGGAAAGGCUUGUUGGAGGUGUUGUAUGAGAUAUUCAGACUCCCUGUGCCCAUUGUGACCCAAGACUUCACAGAUGCUCUUUUAAGUGUUGACCCGGCAAGGUUUCAGGACACAUGGAGACUCUCUGAUGGGUUUGUUGCUGCUGAGGCCAAAGUUGUUCUUCCCCAUAGGGCUCGCUCACGACCUGAUUUGAUGGAUAACUAUUUAGCAUUUGUGCUCUCUGCCUUCAUCACCAGUGGGCUGCUAGAGGGUCUCGUAGAGGUGGUGACAAGCAACGACGAUCCGCUUGCUGUCAGGGCCACCAUCAUCUUGGGCGAGCUUUUACAUAUGGCAAACACCAUCCUUCCACACACUCACAGUCACCACCUGCACUGCCUUCCCACCCUCAUUAACAUGGCAGCUUCCUUUGACAUCCCGCAGGAAAAACGCCUUCGGGCAAGUGCAGCUGUCAACAAUCUGAAGCGUUUCCACGAGAGAAAGAAGAAAGGUGUUAAACCACACAGCCUCUAUCUAGAUCACAUCAUCCGCAACUCUGUAUCCUCCCAUAGCCGCAGAGAGUCACACUCACGGGUCCAAAGGGACAUCUUUGUCAUUAAGGACACAGAGGAAGCAUUGAUGAUGAACUUGAGAGAGAGUCACAUUCUCAACCAUAAGCAAAACUUAGAGUGGAACUGGCUGCUCAUUGGCACUAUCCUUAAGUGGCCAAAUGUAAAUCUCAGGAACAACAAAGAUGAACAGAUGCACAGGUUUGUGCGGAGGCUGCUAUAUUUCUAUAAGCCCAGCAGUAAAUUGUAUGCAGGGCUGGCAUUGGAUCACAUUAAGGCGAGACAACUCACUGUGGUUGGCUGUCAGUUUGUUGAGUUCCUCAUGGACUCAGAUGAGGAUGGACAGGGCUACUUGGAGGACCUCGUGAGGGAUAUGGUGUCAUGGCUGUCUUCGUCUGCAGGCCUCAAGCCUGAGCGCUGCUUGCAAAGUAACGGCUUGCUCACCACACUUAGCCAACAUUACUUUCUCUUCUUGGGGACACUCUCUGCACAUUCUCAGGGAGUCAAACUUCUGGAGAAAUGUGGCCUGUUUCAGUGCCUGCUGAAUCUGUGCUCUGUGAAGAACCAGGAUGCUGUGCUGAAGCUUGCUGUAGCCACACUGGACUACAGCAGAGAUGGUCUAGCAAGAGUGAUCCUCUCCAAGAUCCUUACCGCUGCUACUGAUACCUGCAGACUGUAUGCCACCAAACAUCUGCGUGUGUUGCUGCGAGCAGGUGUGGAGUUCUUUAGCAGCUGGGGCAUGGAGCUGCUGGUCACACAGCUUCAUGACCAUAGCAAAGCUGUGUCCAUGGAGGCCCUAGAUAUUCUAGACGAAGCUUGUGAGGACAAGGCCAAUCUGCAUGCGCUCAUCCAGCUGAAACCAGCUUUGUCUCACCUGGGAGACAAAGGCCUUCUUCUGCUCCUCAGGUUCCUGUCCAUACCUAAAGGGUUUUCUUACCUCAAUGAGAGGGGUUAUGUCAGCAAACAGCUCGAUAAAUGGCAGAAGGAAUACAACCUAAAAUAUGUAGACCUCAUAGAGGAGCAACUCAACGAAGCACUAACAACCUAUCGCAAACCUGUUGAUGGCGAUAACUACGUGAGACGCAGCAACCAAAGGUUACAAAGACCAAAUGUCUAUCUCCCUGUGCACUUGUAUGGUCAGCUAGUCCAUGAUAAGACAGGCUGCCAUCUGUUGGAGACUCAGAGUAUAGUUCCUGACCUCAGCUAUACGGUUCGCUCCCCGAUGCUGGACACCUGGGAGGGCAUCAAACAGCUGAAGGCUGCUCUCUGGGCUCUGGGCAACAUUGGCUCUUCAAACUGGGGCCUGAAUCUCCUCCAUGAGGAGAAUGUCAUCCCUGACAUGCUUGCAUUAGCUCAGCACUGCGAGGUGUUGUCAGUACGUGGUACGUGUGUUUAUGUGCUGGGAGUGAUCUCCAAGACCAGGCAGGGGUGUGAGAUGUUGAAGCAGUAUGGUUGGGACGCAGUCAGACACAGUCGCAGGACGCUGUGGCCAGUCACUCCAGAUGAGGUUGAAACCCAGUUGACCUCUGAACUAUCGUCCGUGCCAAGCACGCUUAGCCUCAACUCUGAAUCCACCAGCUCUCGUCACAACAGUGAGAGCGAGUCCCAACCAAACAUGUACAUCCUGGACGAUGACAAAUGCGAUGUUCUGGACCAGUCAGAUGAGGCUCCUUUCUAUAUACACUCCAAGCCAGUCAAGGACCGCAGCCCCUUUACUAUCCUGGCCUCCACACGCUUUGUUCGUGCACGUUUCCUCAACUCCCUGUCCCUCCCCAGCAAGAAACUGCGCUCCACAAGUGACCCCAAGACCCCGACGGGCUCGUGCACGCCGACUGAGUUUAAGAUGCGGCGUAACCGGACAGUGACAGAGCCCUCUGUCUACAGCCCAAACCAGGGUGACGUCUUCACCACUGUGUUAAAUGGCAGAGCAAUGCCGAAGAGUCCCACUGUCAGCCUGGAGACAUCGUUUGUCGGGACCAGGGGGGGAUCUGAGGAGCAUCUUGUAGAUGGAAAGCUGGCCAGGGGAGGAGGCUCAGGCCUGGCACUCAGCGGUCUGGCAGGGCACGCAGAGCAUCCCUGUCGAGAACGGGAGCAGAGCAGCCGAGAGCGUCUGACAGGAGGAGAUGGAGGUUCCUCCUCUUGCGGGGGCAAUGUGGGAGGCGGAGGAAGCGCAGGAGGUACUCAGUUCAAAAGCCGCAGUCAGAGUUUUAACACUGACACCACAACCAGUGGCAUCAGCUCCAUGAGCUCCAGUCCAUCAAGGGAAACCGUUGGAAACCCUGAGCAUUCCGAACCCGAACCAGACUCUUCUGACUGUGUUAGCCUCAACACAGUUGUCUCAGCCAAGACUGUCAAGACGCUGUCCCCUCUCACGCCCCAGACGCAGACAAACCACAUGUCUGCACCCAAGUCCUCCACUGUCUCUCUGGUACCACCCGGCUCCUCGCACACACUCCCCCGUCGAGCUCAAUCUCUCAAAUCCCCCUCAGUGACCACCAUCAAGAGCCUGGCUGACUGCAGCUUCAUGUACACCAGCCCAAGAGACGCGCUGGGCUAUGCCACACUGAAGCGGCUGCAGCAACAAAGGAUACACCCAUCUUUGUCCCAUAGUGAAGCACUGGCUUCACCUGCAAAAGAUGUGCUCUUCACAGACACCAUCACUAUGAAGACUGGCAGCUUGGAUUCUCGACUCACACCGCGCAGGAUAUCAGACAGGAGAAGUACCUGCCCCGAAUCCAGUGUCUUAAGUCCAUAUCACAGACUGUCCAGAACCUUGGUGCCGCGGUUUUUGAAGGCUCUGAGUUUUGCCUCCCUGGACAAAGAGGAGCUCCUCAGCCCAAUCAACCAGAGCACCUUGCAACGCUGCUCCUCAGUGCGCUCCAUGGUCUCCAGCGCCACCUAUGGGUGUGGCGAUGACUACAUUGGUCUCGCGCUGCCUGUGGACAUCAAUGAUAUGUUCCACAUCAGAGACACGGCGUACUUUCAGCAGAGGAUAAGCCCCCCGUCAGAGGAGAGGAAACGCUUUCUGUUUGGCGACGAUAAUGGUGAUCGUCCCGCCCUCCCAUUACUGAAGCAGCAGUUUAGUAUUUCCGAGCUGAUCGCGAAUAGAGGCGACUGCCCGAACCAUACUGUGGACUCGGAUGAGACGGGACUACAGGAUCACACUGAGGAGAACUGCCUCUACUGUGUAGGGGCCAUUGUCCUUGGGUACCCAGCACAGCCACCAAUCAACAGUACACGGGCUCAGACAGACUAUGUGGACUUCCCGUCCUGGGGAGGCCAGAGCGGCCAUCGUCUGGAGGUGAUGCCUCAGUCCAAGUUCUCUGGCGUAUCAGGCUGCAGUGAUGCCGCCGUUUCACAAGGCUCCAUCUGCGGCACGCCCACGCCGAGUGACAUUGUCAUUGGCGGCAAAGCAAUAUCAGAGGAUGGCCCUGCCCCCCGAGUGCUGCUAAGAAAAGAGGUGCUUCGCCUCAUCAUCAACCUCAGCUCAUCUGUUGGGACCAAAGGCCACGAAACAGGACUUCUCACGAUAAAGGAGAAGUUUCCGUAUGCAUUUGAUGACAUCUGCCUGUACUCGGAGGUGUCUCACCUCUUAGCCCACUGUAUGUUUCGCCUGACCUCCAGACGUUUCAUCCAGGAGCUCUUCCAGGAUGUGCAGUUCAUGCCAAUGUAUGAGGAGGCAGACGCAAUCCUGACAAAGCUGCCAAAACCUGUUGAAAAGGAAGAGGACCCUCCCACAGAAUCUUGAUCAUCCUCCUCCCCGCCUGUCUUGCCUACCAGCCCCUGAACACGCCACCCGACUAUGAACCAUGAAAGACUGACAAACAGAUAUGGCUUGAAGGGUGCGAGCAGGUUUGGCGUGUCUCUGUUGCUCAAAACAGAGUGCAAGUAGCCAAGGAAGAAGUGAAGGAGGAGGGGAACGGCACGUCACUCGCUGUUCUUCACGCAAGCAACAGCUAACAUGAAGAACAUCAUUCUCUCUAAACAAAGUUUUAACGCCUAACGCUGUUUCAGAUUUUUUUUUUUUUUUUAAUGGGCGAAAAAGAGGAGCAGCUUAACCAAAUACUGUCUUCAGAGGGUUGGCAAACUUGAGCAACACUCAAUAAUGCAUCACAAAAACAAACUGGAUCAAAAGGACAAAGGACUCACGCUGUUUCAAAAGCUUAAAAAAAAAAUCUAUUGACUGUGUCUCCUUCCAGAGGUUGUGUUCUGUCAUGACAGAAAUUGUCCCCUCAGUAAGUCCACAGGUCGCGUGUGCUUUUUUUUCCUCCCUCCAAAACAAAACACUAAAAAAAAGGGUCCUUCUGUUGUAUUAUUUUUUUUUUCAGGAUCUGGGGCCUUUGUGCUUCACAUUCACCCGCCUGUGAUCUGUACAAGCCACGUGUGUUUUUGCUUCUCUUUUCCUUACUUUCCUGCAACUUGUAGCCUCCUGUCAGCACAAACAACGGGUUCCUUUCCUAUUUCUUGUAUCUCAGACAAUCAAGCAUCUGUAGUAUUGUCAUCAUAAGCACUAUUCAGUAUAUUGCCACCCUUACAAAAUACACGAGGAGAAUAGCAUGUAGUUCUAUGCUGUCUAGUACCAUCCCCUUUGCUUAAUGUCCUCCUUCAGCCAUUGCAUUCUUGGUGAGCUUGUGUUUUUUAGUCAGGAAGUGCAAUGAUCUUUGGCGAAGUGUUGCUGUAUUUGCUAUUUAUUGUGAAGAAGGACUGAACACAAAUUUAGCACCAAAACCUGCAUCAACCCAGCAGCUACCCAACACUAUGCCUUACCUCUGUGCUUCACUUCCUUUGCAUGUGUAACACGCAUGGGUCAAGUUGUCACCUUGUUUCUUGCUUGUAACACUGUUGAAUUUCCUUUUUCUUCAAGGUUGCCAUGACAUUGUAGGUCGAUAAAUACCCUAGAUUUUUUGUUUUUCCACAAUGCAAUAUCACUGUCAGUGGCCGAGGUGGAAGGGGGUGAGUAAAUAAUCUGUACAAGGUUGCCAGGGAGACGGGAUUGGAUUGAUCUCUGUUUCCAUUGGCUUGUUUUUUUGUUUUUGUUUUUUUGCUCUAAUGCUGCUACACAAAUGGACUCAUAGAGAGAUGAUUCAUAGAUCAGCUGAGUUCUGUCAGAUCUGAUCUAUUUAUUGUAUGUCUGUACCAUAGUGAGCUCAACCAGAGAAGAAAAAAAGUUAUUUAUAUUUUCCUCAAGACUGUAUUAUAAUUUAAUAAGUUCUUUUCCUUUUUUUUUUUUUGUUGUUGCCUGAAUCGUGGUUUCCCCUGUAUAUUGUGUACAGUAUGUUUUGGGGGCAUUGAUGACCUAAAGAAACAUACAAUCCUAUUAAAGGGAUGCAUUGUUAAUUAAAAAAGAUGGCAAUA